GGGGACCAAAACAGCUAACUUUCCCAUUCUCAGGCAAGAGUUUCUGAACCUCAGUUUAUUCCCCCUCCCCCGCUCUCGCGAUAGCAGAUGUCCCCGGACGGAAUGUUGCUUGGGCUGCUGCUCCGGCUGCUUGUGGUAGUAGCUGAUGUCAAUGAGCUCGUUCAAGGAUAGAGUGUGGAAUGGAGAAGGGACCAGCUCCAAAAGCAAUAACUGCGAUUAUUUAUUUUAUUAAAAAUGCAUAUAUUCGAAAAUAUAUAAAGCAAUAUUCGUAAUCAACCCAUUUUUGUCUACCACCAAAAAUAUCCGAGCGUCAAGCGAAAGGAGAGGGUGGUGGAUAAUUACAAAAAAAAAAAAAAAAAAACAGCAAGAAGGAUAGCUACGGACAGUUUUAAAAAAAAAGACUAGGAAUUACGAAUAUAUAUAUAUAUUGAUCGCUUUUGUUCAUAUGCGAAUUAUCCGGUGUUGACGGUCGCCAGAGCUACGGUUUGAGACUAAUAGUAACGGCUGUUUAAAUGGUGCUGCUGUGGGCUCGCUGGAGAGGGAGCCUGGCAGAGUUGGUACUAUUAGCAGGCCCCUGCGUUAAAUAACAAAUUCGGGACUGCUGCCGUCGCCUGAGGGGAACGGAAGGAAAUGUGAACACAACCCCACAGUUGUUGCAUGUUCGCUCUCGAAAUGGAUCUCAAGGUUCUUGUUGCGGCAGUGUAUAUGAAAUGAGCGAGAGCACCAAAUGGAAGGAGUGAUCCUUCCUUCUUGAGUCUCCGAUUGGGGGGGAUAUCUGUGGUAGAUUAAAAAAAGAAGAGCACACCCACUCCUUCCCUGGUUAUCAGUAUUAUUGCUAGUUUAUGUAUCUCCCCUCGUUUAAAGCCGUAUGGUUUUGACUGAGAUAUGGAUAAAUUGACUAUCAUUUCAGGAUGUCUAUUCCUGGCUGCUGAUAUAUUCGCCAUCGCCAGCAUUGCAAACCCGGACUGGGUCAACACAGGGGAAUCUGCAGGUGCACUCACGGUGGGUCUCGUUCGUCAGUGUCAGACCCUCCACGGACGCGACCGGACGUGUAUCCCGCCCCGGCUUCCCCCAGAAUGGGUCACAACACUUUUUUUUAUCAUCAUGGGGAUCAUAUCAUUGACUGUCACAUGUGGCUUGCUCGUGGCUUCACAUUGGCGAAGGGAAGCCACAAAGUAUGCACGUUGGAUAGCAUUCACUGGAAUGAUCCUCUUCUGCUUGGCAGCCCUUAUAUUUCCAAUAGGAUUUUACAUCAAUGAAGUGGGAGGACAGCCAUAUAAGUUACCAAACAACACUGUAGUUGGGUCUUCAUAUGUACUGUUUGUCUUGUCCAUAUUCUUCACAAUAGUGGGGCUACUGUUUGCUGGUAAAGUCUGCUUGCCUGGCUGACUCGCAAUCCUGCUUCCUCUUCGUAAACUUGACAUCAAAACAAAGUGCAUCCUGCAGUUGGGUACAGUACUUGAAGAAAAAAAAGGGACUAAUAAUAAUAAGCUAUCUGCGCAAGGGAAUUAAAAAAAAAAAAAUAAUAAUUAAAACUUUUUCUCACUGUGCACUUUGGAUGGAGAAUUGAAGAGCCUUUUCCACAAACUAAACACAGGGCAG